CCACCCCUAGCCUUGAUCUCUCUCUCUCUCCCUCUUGUUGUCCUCCAUAGCUCGUACUUGCUCGUGAACUAUUCUUCGGCUAAUUUCAAGCUCGAAUCUUUAUUCCUCAGCUCCGUCUCAUCCAGGUUCUUCUCUCGCCAGAUUUCCAUCAGUUCGUGCUUUGGAGUUUAAGGAAAGAUAUUUCCGAUGUCUCCACCCAUAGCGGAAGUGGAGGAGGAACUUCAGAGCAAUGUCUCUGUGGCGAGUUCAUCGCCUAUUAGCGAAUGCUUGUCGAGGAACACAUCUGGUCUGAAGGAGCAUAACUACUUGGGCCUGUCUGAUUGCUCUUCUACCCUCCCUGACCUGUCGGAAGAUGACAAGAGUGGCAUCAGUCUCAAAGCUACUGAAUUGAGGCUUGGGCUCCCUGGAUCACAAUCCCCUGAGAGAGACACGGAUCUCAAUGAGAAGCCAUUCUUCCCAUUGGUUCCUUCCAAGGAUGGAAUAUGCUCAGGAAACAAAAGAGGCUUCUCUGACACAGUGGAAGCUUCUGCAUAUAUCGAGAAAAACUGGAUCUUUAAUGGAUCUGGAUCGACCCAACCUGCAACUAAGAAAGAGGUGCCGAAAGGACAGUCAAGCACCACAAACAACAGCUCUAGUCCACCUGCAUCUAAGGCACAGAUUGUUGGUUGGCCUCCUAUUAGAUCCUACAGGAAAAACACGUUGGCCACCACUUCCAAGAACAAUGAUGAAGUUGAUGGGAAGCCAGGUUCUGCUGCCCUCUUCGUGAAGGUCAGCAUGGACGGUGCUCCAUAUCUGAGAAAGGUAGACCUUACAAGUUACACUAGCUACCGGGAGCUCUCUUCUGCUCUUGAAAAACUGUUCACCACUUUCACUCUUGGUCAAUGUGGAUCCCAUGGAGCUCCGGGGAAGGAUAUGGUUGGGAGGACCGAGCUCAAGGAUCUUCUGAAUGGAAAGGAUUAUGUGCUUACAUAUGAGGAUAAGGAUGGGGACUGGAUGCUUGUUGGAGAUGUUCCUUGGGAGAUGUUUAUUGAUGCAUGCAAGAGGCUGAAGAUCAUGAAGAGCUCUGAUGCCAUUGGAUUAGCCGCUGCUCCGAGAGCAAUGGAGAAAUCCAAGAUUAGGGCUUAAACCUUAAUGUGCUUGGAGAAGGUCCAGAUUAUCACAAACCAAUCAAUGGUUCUUUAAGGUUUUUGCAUCUCUCUCUAUAUAUAUAUAUUUGAAGUAUAUGCUCGUUUUGGAAAAAGAAAACUCUGCUGUAAUGUUUCAUUAUGUGGAAAGGGAAUUUAGUCGUUUUGUCGUCGGACCCACCAUGGUCAUUAAGACAGUGUAUCGUUUCCAUUUAUGGGAUGUUGUCAAGUUUCCUCGUACUCUUGUUUCA